GAAACGGCAAAACCCUAAAAGCUUGUGAGCCUCUUAUCCACACUUAGUUGUUCUACUCUCUCUCUCUCUCUCUGUGAAGCUUUGAAAAUGGCGUCGGCCAACGCUCUCACCUCUGCUUCCAUUCUCUGCUCUCCCAGACAGAGCUUGAGUAGGAGGGUAAAUCAGCAGCAAAACAACAGGCUGAAUUACAAGCAGUCGAGGGGGCGGUUUGCUGUGAAAGCCGCUGCGAAAGACAUAGCCUUUGACCAGGAGUCGAGGCGUGCUAUGCAAGCCGGCAUUGAUAAGCUUGCUGAUGCUGUUGGCCUUACUCUUGGUCCCAGAGGGAGGAAUGUUGUGUUGGAUGAGUACGGUAGCCCUAAAGUGGUGAAUGAUGGAGUAACAAUUGCUAGAGCUAUUGAGCUACCUGAUGCUAUGGAAAAUGCUGGUGCAGCUCUCAUUAGGGAGGUUGCUAGUAAGACCAAUGAUUCUGCUGGUGACGGCACAACAACAGCAUCCAUUCUUGCACGCGAGAUAAUCAAGCUUGGGCUUUUGAGUGUCACCUCUGGUGCAAAUCCCGUUUCAAUUAAGAAGGGGAUUGAUAAAACUGUACAGGCAUUGGUGGACGAACUAGAGAACAAGUCUAGGCCUGUUAAGGGUCGUGAUGAUGUUAAAGCUGUUGCAACUAUUUCUGCUGGGAAUGAUGAGCAAAUUGGAACAAUGAUUGCUGAUGCUAUCGACAAGGUUGGACCUGAUGGUGUUUUGUCCAUUGAGUCUUCAUCCUCAUUUGAGACUACCGUCGAAGUGGAAGAAGGAAUGGAGAUUGACAGAGGAUAUAUCUCCCCUCAAUUUGUUACAAACCCGGAGAAAUUGAUUGUUGAGUUUGAGAAUGCAAGAGUCUUGAUUACAGACCAGAAGAUUUCAGCUAUCAAGGACAUAAUUCCCCUGUUAGAAAAGACCACUCAAUUGAGAAGCCCUCUGCUUAUUAUUGCUGAGGAUGUCUCUGGGGAGGCUUUGGCGACUCUUGUUGUCAACAAGUUGAGGGGUAUCCUUAAUGUUGCUGCCAUCAAAGCUCCAGGUUUUGGUGAGCGCAGAAAGGCUCUCCUCCAAGAUAUUGCCAUUUUGACUGGUGCCGAGUUUCAAGCCAAUGAUCUUGGUCUACUGAUUGAGAACACCACAGUUGAGCAGCUUGGUUUGGCCAGAAAGGUGACAAUCUCGAAGGACUCCACUACCAUCAUUGCUGAUCAAGCUUCAAAGGAUGAGUUGCAAACUAGAAUUGCACAAUUGAAAAAGGAGUUAUCUGAAACAGAUUCUGUAUAUGACACUGAGAAAUUGGCUGAGAGGAUUGCCAAACUAUCUGGGGGAGUUGCUGUUAUAAAGGUUGGUGCUGCUACUGAAACCGAACUUGAGGACCGUAAGCUCCGUAUUGAGGAUGCCAAGAAUGCCACUUUUGCUGCCAUAGAGGAAGGGAUUGUUCCUGGUGGAGGUGCUGCAUUGGUACAUCUUUCAACAUAUGUCCCUGCAAUCAAGGACAGACUUGAAGAUGCAGAUGAGAAACUAGGUGCUGACAUUGUGCAGAAGGCUCUGGUAGCACCAGCAGCGUUGAUAGCUCAAAAUGCUGGAAUUGAAGGUGAAGUGGUGGUGGAGAAACUAAAAGAGAGUGAAUGGGAGGUCGGCUACAACGCAAUGACAGACACAUAUGAGAACUUAGUGGAUGCUGGUGUUAUCGACCCAGCAAAGGUUACAAGAUGUGCUCUGCAGAAUGCUGCCUCAGUUGCAGGAAUGGUCUUGACCACUCAGGCUAUUGUGGUGGAGAAGGCUAAGCCCAAGUCACCUGCUGCUGCUGCUGCACAAGGACUUACUGUGUAAUUUGUAGUCUUUUUAGGUAGCCAGAAUUUUGAUAGAGAGGUCUAUUCGGUGCAUUUCGGUUAAAGUUGCUCGGUGAAACUUUCUGUACGGAUUUGACAGGAUUGAUUGUUUCUACAUAAAAUUAAGCUGGAAGUAUUGUAAUA